AUGUCGUCAGAUCCAGCAGCGCCCGCCGCUGUGGAUGAUGCCCAAACAAACCCGCCACGUGGCGGUGAGGCCUGGGCCAUAGAUUUUUCACUUCCAAAGAUGCGGCGAAGGAUCACGCGGAGGGAGCGCAAUGCGGUUAUCUCCAGCCGCAUACGGUGGCAAAUGCAGCAGCCGCAGCAAUCCCCCUCGGGGGAAGAGACGACGUGUGCAGGACAAGUGCUGGGCGUUGGGCAGGCGACGGACAGCGAAGACAACCGACACCUGCGGAUAGUAAACGUUGAUAACAUGGCGGACCUUAGUGGUCUGAUUCCCCGAAACCUCACCACCACCCGAGCGGAGCUUGAGGAGCGUCUUUGCCUACGCCUCCCACGCCUACUUGCUGUGGCAAAGCAGUAUCCAAAAAGCUGCGGUGUAACGUCGCUGGCGUCUAUAUGGAACUACCUUUACACACGUCUUGGCGAGGCUGCGGUGGGUGCAUCUCGCGGGCCCGUGUCGCAGGAGGAAAUCAUGUCUAUUCUCGGUUUCGCCCCCCCGUUCGAUGAGAUCUUGUGGGGUCCGUUUACAGGCAAUGGAACUCUCCUCAGGUGGUUUUAUGCCAUCAACCGUCACUUUGGCGUCAAGGGGCGGGCGUACAUAUUGUACAAGCCGCAGGGAAAGGGUCGUACCAGCUGUACUGCAGAGGAGGCGCUGCGGGAGCUGAAGCGCGUUCUGCGCGACCCACACGCCGCGGUGGUGUACCACUGCCACAACCACUACAUGGUACCUGUUGGAUUUCAAGAGAUUCCCCUAGCGCAAACGGACUUUUACGCCGCCCAUGUGCCGGAGUUUCGCACGGAGACUACAAUCUUCAUUGGUGAGGUGAGUCGCGGACGGAACGAGGCAAUGUACGCGCGAAAGUGGAGCGAAAUUGUGAAAGAUCUCAUGUGCUGCUCCCCGCAGUUCUACAACAUCCGCCGACCGGAGAUGGGAAUUCAGACACGUGUGCCAAAGAAGAAGAAGCAGAGUGAGGCGAUAGGCGGCGAUGGUGAGGCGGAGGUGGUCGUAGCGGAGCAGGCGCAGCAGGACGACAACUCACCCGCCAGCGCGUUGCCCCCUCCAGCGACGCCUGCAUCAGAAGAGACGGCUGUGGACGGCGGCGGUGCAGCGCUACAAGUGAUGGCGAGCACUGCGAAAAAGAAAAAGACGGGAGAGGGCAACCUCCACUGCCUGAUAUGCUUCCGCAGCGACGAGGUGGAGGAACACCCGGAGCGCUACGAGGAGCUCUCCUCGGCCUCAAGCAGCAGUGGCAGCAGCAGCAGCAGCGCCAGCGACGAAGAUAAGUACAAGGCAGUUGCGGAUGUACAACCGAUAUGA